AUGUCUUCUGACAGCCAGUGCUUCUCUGGUAUCUCCACCAUGGUAUCCUAUCCCUUCCCUUUCUCUCUCCCUACCUAUCGCGACACCAGCACAGAGCAUCUUUCUGCCCAGGCUGUUGCUGCACCCUCUUACGAGGAGGAAGCCGAGGAGGGAUUUUUCGUCGAAGGUGUGAGAGUGAGCCAGGACGUGUUCUUCUACUACCACUUUGGCAUCCAACCCGCCCUCGAGGCCGGUGCCACUGUCGAGACUGCGGGAUCCCCCACUUGCGAUUUUUCAAUCGCCACCGACUCUGCUCCCGCCACCUCUCGUAUGACUUCUACCACCACCUUCAAUACCCCAACCAAAAAAUUCUCCACCUGUCCUGCUCCUAGCACGAAUGAGCUCUCUGUCCAAACCGUUGUUACUCCUUCUCACGCGGAGGAAGCCGACGCGGAGCUCUUCCUCAAUGGUGUGGAAGUGAGCCAGGAGGCGUUUUUCAGCUACCAGUUUGGUAUCCAGCCCGCUCCCGAGAAGGCCGGUACCAUCGACGAUACUGCGGGAUCCCUCACUCGCGAGCCCUCUAACGUCCCAAUCUCUCCUCCGACCACACCUAAAUUUGCUUCUACUGCCAUCUCCAAGACCCCUAUCACUCCCACUCAAAAGUCUGCUGGCAAAAAGCGCUCUCCCAACCGCUCCGACAAGAGCCCUGCCAAGGCGUCGACCCCCGCCCACCUGAAGCGGGCCGGCAUCAAGCGCACCAAGAAGCACACCCGCUCCAGUAUGGCCUGCGAGUGCUGUCGAAUUGCCCGGAAAAGUUGCAAGGUGGACGACAUCUACCGCUGCGGAAGGUGUACUAGCCGAGGCCUCAAGUGCUGUUUCUGGCUAGAGGGUAGAGGCGAAGGGAAGAUGAGACCCAGGGCUAUCGAGCUCGGUCUGGAAAUCUUCACGGAGGAAGGUAAAGACAUGGUCAUUGCGCCUGUAUAUACAUUCUGUGAUCCCAAAUAUCUCAUUUAA